AUGCCCACCGCGGCCCCGUCUCCACGUGCACCGGGAGGCGCCUCCUUCCUCGGCCUCGCCUGGAAGGGACGCGGAGAUGGGGGCCGCCUGCCCGGGCAGCCCGGGCAGCCCGGCCCGGAGCGCCCCCUGGAGCUGAAUGUCAAUGUCGAGGUCUACGAGCCCCGGGGCCACAGCGGGUUGCUGGAUGGGGGCUGGGGCGACGGGGGUCCCUGCGCGGCGCUUCUCCGACGAGGGCCGAUUCUGUUCCCGGGGCGCGCGCGGCUCUGGGGGGUCGUGGUGGUGGCCCGGCUGCUGGGGGGUAGCUGUGAACCUGACCCCUCGCAGCCCGAGAAAGGGGGCGACUCGGCUACACCGGCAGGCGCCGUGGCUGUGCAGGGCGCGGGGCUGUACGGGGCGCCGGGUUGUGCAGGGCGCGGGGCGCGGGGCGCUGGCUGGGAUGCGCCCGGCCCCUGCGACCGGCUCCUCGCGGGCAGCGUUCACGGGGCUCGCCGGGGACCGCGAGAGAUAAGCGAGAGGCAAGGGAGAGGCGCCCGGUGGAGUCGCGUGCCGCACAGAGAGGAGGAGACGGAGGAGGAUAAGAGAUCUUGGAUCCACGUGACUGAACUCCCCGUCUUGAGCGCCGCCGCAGCAGCACAACUACCGAGGAUGUCUCCCAUCACCUUCGGCUACGAGAAGCUCUACGGGCGCGCAGAGUCGAGCCUGGGCAGCGGCUCGGACGACGACAGCAGCAGCAGCAGCAGCCUCUGCGGGGGCUCGAUGAGCCUCUCCCCGCACGACUCGCUCGGGCUACUCUCCCCGUGCUCUCCGGGCUUGGCCUGCGACUCGGAGCCACUGAGGCUGCUCACGCCCGAGCGCGAGGACGCCGCGCGGCCUCGCGGGAGGGCGAGAGUGCGCAAGGGGAGGCGCGGGAUCGGAGCGGGAGGAGGCGACGUGGGAGUCGGGCUCACGGCGGUUCCGGGGGUCGUGAAGAGGACGCGGAGGAUCAAGGCCAACGAUCGGGAGCGCAACCGAAUGCACAACCUCAACGACGCCCUGGACGCGCUCCGCCGCGUGCUGCCAUGCGGUGGCGAAGCGGAGGACCUGGCCUCCAUCAGCAGCUCCAGCAGCAGCAGCAGCAGCUCCAGCAGCAGCUCCAGCUCCAGCAGCAGCAGCAGCUCCAGCAGUGGUGCCGGGGGUGACGCGUCCAAGCUGACCAAGAUCGAGACGCUGCGCUUCGCCUACAACUACAUCUGGGCGCUGACCGAGACUCUGCGGCUCGCCGACUUCGAGCUGAUGACCUCCGCGGGGUCGCACGGAGCUGCGGCGGCUGCGGCCCCUCCUGGGGCGACCCCGGCGGGGGGCCCCCUCUGUGGCCCCCCAGGCCUCGAUCAUGCUCACGGGCACCUGCAGCAGCAGCAGUUUCAGCUGCUGCAGCAGCAGCAGCAUCGAGUGGCGAUGGCAAGAGCUCUAGAAUUCAUCUGACCCCCUUGAACUGUCGUCAUCACCACCACCAUCACCGUCGUCAUCAGCUUUGGUCAAUCCACUGCUGAAUGAGGAAGACCCCCCCCGCCCCGCCCCCAUCGCAAACUGACGCCACCAGCGGUCACGAUCCUGCGAUGCAGUAAUCCGCGCCGGCGCCUGCAGAGGGACUCGUCGCAUCGCUCCGACUUUACCGGUGGACGUCCUCCCGGGGCGGACGCGGUCCCAUUCCUGAACUCGACUCCUUACAGAGACUCAACCAACUUCUCUUUGAGAGGCAGAGCUGGGGAGGGGGGCUGGGGGAGGCUCUCGUCUCUGCCAAACUAAACGUUUCGCUUGGGCGUUCGUCCGUGUCGCCCAUACCUCGCCCGUCCUUCCAUUGAUUCACUAUCGCCGGUAAUUGCCUUAAAACAGCGCGUUCCUCGAUGCGUCGCGCGCGGUGCUAAGCUAACUGCUGGAGACGUCUGUACACGCGCUAGAAGUGUGUUCACCCGCGACUCGCGGAGAGAGUCGGAAUAUUUGUUUUGUACACACGUAUAUUUAUUUUAUUUAGGGCCACGGCCGUCCGGCACGAGCACAGUGCCAUGUAAAAUGUCCAUCGUGGGCGAGCGGGAGCCCACGCGGCCUCGAUGCCUCCAUCGAGGAGCCCUGCUUGUUUUCUCAUCGAGAUUGGACGCGGCGACGAGUUCGCGAUGCACCUCCUCGCCCUCUCCACACGCGCACUUUGCUCUCU